AUGUCUAAAUGCCAUCUUCAUUUGAUAUUCGGAGUCAUACUACUGCAACUUUCUAUAAAUCUGAUACAGGCUAAUGACACUAAUUAUGAUCUUAGCAUGGUGCAUGAUUUCAUUGAAGCCAUAGCCAAACAACGCCGUGUAAUACUGUGUAUGGUCCAAAGUUGUGAUGCACUAGCCCUGGAAAAAAUAUAUCAAAUUGAGGAGGCUGUUGAACGAGAACUUAAACAACAACCCACUUUCUCUGAGACCCAUGAAUUUGAAUCGCUAAAAUUGGAUAAGGCUAUAAAUAGGGCUGUAGACACAAUGCUAGCUCUCGAACCCAAUUGCAAGGAUGUCACCUAUGUCUGUCCCACUCAAGCACAAAUCCCAAAAUAUAUCAACGAAUAUACUUCAGGAUUGGCGGAUAUAAUCACAAAUAGCAAGUGCAUCAAUAGCGGGAAUAUUAAAGAUGCCGUUGACAUUUUGGGCAAGAGUGUAGAAUAUGUCGAACAAUAUCAUAAUCAUUCGGGCAAUUUUAUGCAAAGAGUUCAUCCCGCUGCCGUUUAUGUGGCCAAUGAGUUUGCCAAAUUGUGUGAUAGAAUCUAAAAUGGAGCGCCAUAUUAAACCUAACAUUGCUGCGUUCAAGGGUUUCUCAUUCGGUGUCCCUUUUUUGAUAUUUAAGCAAUAUGAAAUUUUUUAGUACCAUAGUCAUAUAUAUUGGGUUGCCCAAAAAGUAGUUGCGGAUUUUUUAAA